GUGGCCGCCGCCGCUGCCAAGAGCGCUUCUAAGAACAAAAAGAAGAAGCCUCGCAACACUGACGUGACCCGCUACAAGGAGCUCGUCGACCAGCAUGCCUGGCCAAUCACCAUCCAGGCCUCCCAGUCCAAAGGCCGCCACGCCGUCGCCCAGAAAGAUCUGCAGCCCGGUGACAUUGUCUGCCAGGAACGCGCCGCUACCUUGAUCGUCAGCACGCCAGCCUCAAACGACUUUUGCCACCGCUGCGUUACCUCACUGCACAAGGCCGAACAGGCUCAGCAGCGAGUCACUUGCGGAACCUGCGGCAAGACCACCUACUGCUCAUCCAACUGUCAGAAAGCCGAUGCCGCACGUCACGCCUUGGAAUGCCCAAUCAUUCCCAAACUCGCAGAGAUUGCCACAAAGAACGACAUCAACGCCGAUCUGCUCAGGUUGACCUUGUCUCUCAUCGUCCGUCGCGGCUUGGAACAGAAGCGUGACAAGCUGAGCGACGAGAACAAAAAGAUCGUCGAUGAGGAGGCCGCUGUGUAUGCUGACGCGCCUAUCGCGCCUUGGUGGGUCGUCCAGGAGCUCGCGGUCCACACCCAGGUCUUUGAGAAGAAGUGGAUCAAGUCUGUCACUGCGGCCGCAAAGGAAAUGUCCGACAUUCUCCCCGAGCUGCUUGCUACGUCUGGUGAGGAGAUCGUGCGCCUCUCUUGCCGCAUCAACACCAACGCCCACAGCUUGACUGAUGACGAGGAAAAGGUUACCGACACCGCCUUUGGAUUGUUCCCCAUGGGUGCCCUCUUCUUCCGUCACAGCUGUGCGCCCAACUGCCACUUCACUGCUGACAAGGGCAUCUUGACUUACCGUGCGAUGAAGCCCCUCCGUGCCGGCGAAGAGCUCUACGUCUCUCACAUCGAGCUGUACCAGAACCGUAGCGUCCGCCGUCAGGAACUCAUGACCACCAAGCAGAUCAAGUGCGACUGUGUCCGCUGCCGCGCCCCUCUCCGCAAGUCCGUUGACCGCUACUUGGAAGGCGUUCUUUGCGAAAAGUGCCACACGGGUGUCUACGUC